AUGUUUGUGAGCCAGCUGGCCUGGCCACUGGCAUGGCUAGCUUUGGCGACCAUGACAGUGGCUGCAGGAUCAUCGACCGCAACUUCAACAACUUCUUCCUCGACCGGUAUCUCGACUCAUACAAUCCAGGUGGGACCCAAAUCAAAUCCACAUCAAUUUGUUCCAACCGAUGUAACAGCCAAAGUGGGCGACAUCGUCGUUUUUGAAUUUUACCCAACAAACCAUUCCGUCGUAAAAGCAGAUUACCUCGCUCCUUGUGUCCCAGCCAGUGAAGACGUCUAUUAUUCGGGUGCUUUCGAGACUUUCAACGAGCACAAUGGACAACUUGUCGGACCACCCCCAACUUGGACCUUGCGAGUGAACGAUACAAAUCCCUCAUUCUUCUAUUGCACGGCAAUAGAUUCAUGCAUUAAGAAUGGAAUGGUCGGAGUAAUCAAUCCGAACAAAACCCAGACAUGGGAAACACAAUACGCAAGAGCUCUGAAAUACCCUUAUAUGCUACUCCCAGGCCAGCCCAUGCCCGCCGAAGGUGGAGGUAGCGGUUCCGGUGGCGACCAAAGCGGCGAUGAUGACUCUUCUGGGGGUAAGCAUGGGCUUAGCACAGGAGCUAUUGCAGGUAUCGCCGUUGCAGCUGUCGUAUUCGUGGCCCUACUGGUGGCACUGUUCUUCGUCCUCGGCCGCAACCGCGUGUACUCGCAGUGGAUGUCAUCGGAAGAUGGGCGCACGGAACGAACCGCACGCUGGGCACUGUUCAACCACGGCGGGCCAUACGGUAACGGGAAAAGUGAAGCGGAAAGUACUGCCCCAACCCACACUACGGGCCAUAUCGAUACCAGCGCCGUUUCCAGUCCGGAUCCGAAUAUGCGCACAUUUUCCCCUGGGGCGGAAGUUACCUCUGGCUCUGUGCCCACGUCAGUGCAGCAGGGCCACUGGAGCUGGAAUGAGCCUCCUCAACGUCCCCUGCAGCCGUGGUGGCCACGGAGCUGGAAGGCCAUCCCAUGA